GUCACACGUCUCAUGUGACGCUCAUAUGAAGAUCGUCGGCAGGAACUUCGAGUUCCUUGCUGCGCCUUGUUUCGCUCUUCUCGAUGAUCCUUUUUGUCUCAUUAUGGUGAACCCUGACGAAACGGUGACCUGCGAGUGUCUCUACACCGCCGGAGGGGACGCGCGGGUGAGGGAAUGCUUCAGCAUCCCCAACAUACACGAGAUCGACGAGGAGGACAGCGAGACCGAGGAAACCGAAACGACGGAGCAGACCAAUUGCUCUCCUCCCGUUAAGAAAGACGAAGAGAACGCAGCAGCGGAGACGCAAACCGCGUUGAAUAACGAAGUGUACACCGAAGACUCAUUCUGUUCCGACGAAUCGUGCGAGGACGAAGACACCGACGUUACGUCGAGGUCGCUGACUUCAUCGUUGCCCUGCGUCGCUGACGUUCAGCGUAGUCGGAGCUCGAACGAGCGGGAGAUCGACGAGUCCAAGUGGCAGGACGACGGGUCCUAUUCGCUGGGCGAUCAUCAACAUGUUCGCGCGGCCACGGCGAGCAGACUCGUCAACAGAUCGAGAAAGUGCAGACGGUGGAACAUGAGCUUCACCGACGACGAGAUGCGCAAGAUCGAGAGAGAAAACGAGCUGCUGCUGAGGAAGAUCAUGGCGCAGCAGAAACCCCGGCACAGAAUCGUCGACGAGCACACGGCGCAACCCAGAACCAGCAGUUCCGCGAUAAACAGAAAGAAAUUGCAGAAGAAGAUUGAAAGUGACAAUAUGCUGCUUCUCAGGAGGAUACAACAGGCGAAGUCGUGCGUGUUCUCGAACGCGUCGAAAAUGGGUUGCAGGUUGACCUUUUUGUAGGAUUUUUAUUACAUUUCGAAGAGACUUGAUAUAUUUUUUUACAUUAGAAAAAAAAAAAAAUCAACCGCGCACACACGCAGUGGCGUAGAAGAGGGAUGUUACUUGUGUGUGCAACAUGAAUCAAUAUAACAAUAAUACACAAACACACUGAAAAAUGUCA